UUCUAUUUUUAGCCACCGGGACAGCAUACCUACUGGUCCGGUGACUCUCGUGUCGCAUAAUUCUCUUCGCUCGGAGUAAAUAAAAUAUCUUAUCUUUUCGGGAUAAUUUGUUGACUUAAAAGAAAUGAGCAAGACUGAUCCAGCGUUUUCCAGGGUUGACCCCAAGCGGUCAGGAUUCUACAUAUGGAGGAUUGAGAACAUGCAAGUUACGCCCAUAGCCAAGGAGUUCUAUGGAGAGUUCUUCAGGGGAGAUUCUUACAUCGUUUUGUCCGGGGCUGAGGAAGGCCAGAUACCUAAAGGUGUUAAUGUACAGAUCAAAGAGAUAAAAGGAGGUCCACUGGAUAGUCAUGUCCACUUCUGGCUUGGGAAUGACACCUCGCAGGAUGAAGCUGGUGUUGCAGCAUACAAGUCUGUUGAGCUUGACGAUCUUCUCGGUGGAUCACCAGUUCAGCAUCGUGAAGUUGAAGGUCAUGAGUCUCAACGUUUUCUGAGCUACUUCCCAUCCGGCAUCAAAAUUAAACAAGGUGGUGCUAAAUCUGGGUUCCAUCAUGUUGACAAGGGAGUUUUCCAACCAAGAUUGAUUCAUGUCAAAGGAAAGAGAAAUCCCAGAUUUUCUGAGUGUCCUGAGAUAGACUGGGAGCAAAUGAAUCAUGGAGACUGCUUCAUUUUGGACCUUGGCAAUGUCAUCUUCCCUUGGCUGGGUGCUAACUGCAAUAGGACAGAGAAAAUGAAAACAGUGGAGCAUUGCUGCAGGCUGAGAGAUGAACGAGGUGGAAAGGCUAACAUUGUGUUUGUGGACGAUGGUCAGGAAGACAAACUGGACAAAGAAUCCAAACAGCUCUUUGAGAAAUAUCUGAACAUUAAAGAUAGAAACAAAAUCAAAGCAGAGAAAGAAGCAGGAGACGACGAAGCCAGUGAGAGAAUUUUGUCGGCUAACAUCAAGCUGUUUUCAUGUAAAGAAGAAGAGGGCACUUUGAGGAUACAGGAAGUGAAGCCAGGACCUCUGUAUAGAAAGGACUUGGUCUCUGAUCCCAGUCAGAAAUAUAGCAAGGAUUCCUUCAUCAUAGACAAUGGGCCAACAGGUUCCUGGUUGUGGAUUGGAAGGAAAGCUUCACCCAAAGAAAAGAAAGAAGCUAUGAGAAAUGCUGUGGGUUUCCUCAAGAAGAAAGGUUACCCAUCAGACACUAAAGUGACUCGUGUAGUUGAAGGGGCGGAGCCAUCCGAUUUCAAGUGUCUGUUUAAAGACUGGCCUCAACCACCACCUCCUGGCAAAGUUUACUCCAGAAGUAGAAUCGCUAAAACAGUCCAGACCAAGUUUGAUGCAACUACGCUCCAUAACAACCAAGCUUUAGCGGCAGAGUCUCAAAUGGUUGAUGAUGGGUCUGGCAAAGUGGAGGUUUGGAGAAUUGAAGACUUCCAGAUGGUGCCAUUGGAAAACAUUCAUUACGGAGAGUUCUACGGAGGAGACUGUUAUGUCAUACUGUAUACAUAUAAUGUCCAGGGGAGAGAAGCCUACAUCAUUUACUAUUGGCUAGGUUUAAAGUCCACAACAGAUGAGCAGGGCACAGCAGCGCUGAUGGCCGUACAGCUGGAUGACAAGUACAACGGAAAGCCAGUGCAGGUGCGUGUAGUACAGUACAAAGAGCCACCACACUUCAUGGCUUUAUUUGGAGGAAAGAUGGUCAUUUUUGAGGGAGGUAAAGCUGGCUGGACCAAAGGGAAAUCUGUCAAUGGAGUACAGUAUGAGGGUCCAGGAGAUAAAUACAUGCUGCAGGUCAGAGGUACAUCAGCGUUGACGUGUAAGGCUGUCCAGGUGCCACUCAGAGCAUCUUCAUUAAAUUCCAAUGAUGUCUUCGUCAUUUUCACAAAAAGUGCCGUCUACAGCUGGGCUGGCAAAGGAUGUACUGGGGACGAGCGAGAGAUGGCCAAAAAUAUUGCUGCAAGGUCACCAAGAGUUCUGACUACUGUAUUUGAAGGCCAAGAGAAGCCAGAUUUCUGGAAUGUCUUAGGAGGCAAGGAAGAGUAUGCUUCAGAAAAACUUUUACAGGAUGAAGGCAGUCACCCUUGUCGGUUGUUCCAUUUAUCCAAUGCUAGAGGCUACAUCCAUGUUGAAGAAGUCUAUGAUUUUGUCCAGUCAGACUUGAUAGAAGAUGAUGUCAUGUUGCUGGACGCCUGGGAAAGUAUCUACAUCUGGUUUGGGAAGAACAGUAACAAGGCUGAGAGGGAGGCCUCGCAAACAUGUGCCAUUGAAUACUUAAAGACAGAUCCAGCUGGUCGAGAUAUUGACACACCAAUUCUGUGUAUUAAACAAGGAUUUGAGCCACCCUCCUUCACAGGCUUCUUUGGUAUUUGGGACAGAGACAUCUGGUCUAAAGGUUUAUCGUUUGAAGAAUUAAAGAAACAGGUUGGAGAAAGUAAUAUUCCCAUUGUUGAAAUUAAACAGAAUGGCAUAAGUGGCAGCCCAGACUUUAAUGAGGUUCCCAAGUAUUCAUUGGUGGAGCUCCAAGUGGCUGCUGAGGAGUUGCCCUCAGGUGUAGACCCCAAUGCUAGAGAGAUACAUCUCAGAGAUGAUGAGUUUAAGAAAGUCUUUAACAUGUCUUACUCAGACUUCAACAAAUUGCCAGGCUGGAAACAGAAACAGAUGAAGAAAAGCUUUAAGCUCUUUUAGCUGUCACCAUUCAUUUUUAUGUUUGCAUACUAUACCACUGAAACCUGCCAGCUUUGUGUAUAGUACCUAUGUGAAAUAUCUCAUGCAAUAGAGGAAAGAGAAACACUGGCCGCUGUAUAACGACAUAAUAAAAGUUGACCAGUCAGCUUGUUGCAUUAAUAUGUUCCAAUUCGUAUAAUAAUUCUCUUUUUUAGUUCAAAACAUUUUGCAUUUUCAUGCUGUUUCCAUAACCAAAAAGAAAUAUAGUAAUGAAUAAACAACAAAAAAAAACAACAUUUGAGCUACUGGCCCUAUCCACCUACCUUACCUAUGAUGUUAGAUACAAAAAUUUUACACAGCAGCUUAAAAAACAUUUUAAAUCAACACUUUCUACCCAAUUCUGUAUAUUAGACUUUUGACUCUGAUUUCUUAUCACUUGCUAUUUAACACAAAAUAAAUAUAAAUUAUAUCUUGGACAAAGGGGACUGAAAUCAGGACUUUGUAUUCAUUUUUUUUUUUCAAAUCUAACCAUGCUAAUUAAGAGUUAUGUAACUAAGAACUGCGAAUAUAUAUAUAAUAGAUCAUUGUUUGUUGGAGUCUAUACGUUUACACUUGGAUAUUUUCUUUGUUCUCACUUAUAACCUUGGAGAUAGUCAGAUGGUUAGACCUAUGUCAGUGAUGAAUAGUAAGAUGACUUUGUAUAACAGAAAUUCUUCUUUGCUAAUUUCCUAUCCCAUAAUCAUCAUCAUUAAACUUAGUCUCUUCUUCUAUAUUUUGUCUCUUCCAUAAAAUUAUAAUUUUACAUUAAAAUUUGGUCCCGGUUCUUUGCUUUAAUUUUGUUUUUGUUUUUUUAUUGUAAAUCGAAUCUAGAUUUUUAGUUGUAACUGCAACUAGAUUGAAUAUUGUAUCAUGCUUUAACUCUUUCUCUUCUAACUGACAAUACCAGCGUUGAUUCCACCAGAAUGUGGUAAAUAAUUACGGAGAAAAAGAGUUAAUAUAAACAAGAUCACUGAGCUGGUAGAUAAGAAAGUAAGAAGACUGUUGGUUCUUCUUAGAGAUGCUAUUGAAACAAUUGUUGUUUAUUUUUAUGUAGAUCACAUGAUUGAUUCUCAUACAUUGGUUUGUUAUUGUUUUACUAUGUCAUUAGGACUUUGUCAAUGAAAAAUGUAUUUAUAAUGUAUCAGUCAUGUUGAAUUGUUUGAGGGAUUUAUCCAUUUUGUAGUGAUUUGUAUUGUGAACUUGAAUAAGUUUGUAAAAUUGGAUUUUCAUAAAGUUAUUGAUGAAUAUUGGACUUAGUUUGAGUUAACAGCGUUGAUGAUGCAAAAACAGACAUGUCUUGCUGUUAACUCUCUCACUACCAUUAAACAAAACUAAAAAAAAAUUCAAACAAACCAAUUUUAAACUCAUAGGCCAUGCUAUCAUUAAAUUUCUUUCCUUUACCAAGGUUUGUUUGGUGAAAGUGAGGAAAUGUUUUCUGUUUGACCUUUAGUUUAGUUUUUUUAAUUUGUUGAAAAGUUUAUAUGAAUUACCUUUUUUUUUUUCAUUUGUACCAGAUGUCUUUUUAUAUAGGUCAGUUUAGUAUAAAAUCUUGUACUGGGUUCAGAGGACAUGUAUGUGUUCCAUAUUGACACCACUACCACCACCCCCCCCCCCCAGUAUUUUUAAUGCUAUGCUUUCACACCCUCCUUGAAUAAACAUAAGCUAAAUGAGUAGAACUGGUUUGUCAGCUGAAACCUAGAUAGUACAUCUGAAACCUAGAUGGUACAUCUGAUUAUAUAUCUCCUUAAAAUUCUACACCAGCUGAUUCUCAAAGAUCUUAUGUCUAUAUCUCCACAUAUUUACAUACUGGCUGAUUUGUUCAAGAACCAUGUGUUACAACUUUUGAAAUAUUUAUUGACUUCACCUUUUAUACACAUUCAUUUGUUAUAUACUGUUAUACAGUCGGCUGUUAUAUUUCCACAGCUCAUAUAUUUGUGAUCAAUUUUACUGACUGAGGUUGUGACUCUAUGCUUGAAAUUUCUGCUCGAUUAUUUUCUUUUACAGUAUGAAUAUUUUUAUUUUUUUUGUUAUUGCAUAAAUAUGAAAAGUUUUACAGUAAACCAGUUUUCGCAUUCCUAAUGUCCAUUGAUUCCAAGAAAUGACCACAUCUGUGUCUGGGUUUUAGUUUUAUUAAAAUAUGUGUUUUAUUUUUAUUACAAAAGUUGAACAUUUUUUCCUGUCUCAUUUCUUUAGCUUUAAAUCACUGACAUAUAUAUUGUAUACCAAAAUAGUUUCUUGUAAGAAAACCAGUUGAUGUUUUCCCUCUAAUAAUAUUGACCAUGAUUAAACUUUGGACAUUAAUUUAUUUUCAUUAUCUUUUUUUUUUUAAUAAAAUUGUUAAAAACUUAAUGGUUGUCUGAUCGUGUGGUAAGCACUUUGGAUUGUCAUCAGGAUUUUUCUAAGUUUGAAUCCUGAUGGCUGUCGUUCUUGCAGGAGGUCUGGGGUAGGAUGUUAUUUCAUUUUUGAAGGAAUGUCCAAAACUUAAAAAAUAAAAUACAGUAACUAGUAAUAGUUGGAGACAACUCACAGCUUUGAUACUCAAAAUAAAAUAUUAGAUGCAUGUAAGUAAAGUUAAGUUUCCCCUUUCAGACCUCGCAAUCUACAGGGCAGAUGAUGUUAAGCUCAUCUGUUUCUAUGGCCAACGGUUAAUGAGCAGGGUGUCAAGUGGCCAGCACAACGACCAACCGCCUUUACUUUCCCCAACUAAAGUCAGGUACCCAUUAGAGUUGAGGGGACUCCGAGGCGCCCUAAAAAUCCCGAAAUUCAAAUUCCCAGUCUUAGCCGAGAUGCGAAACCAGGACUCCAGGUUCAGAAGCCAAGCACUUAACCACUCAGCCACUGCACCCCAUAUUAAAUGCAGGUAGUCUGUUAAUUAUGAGAACCUGUAUCAUUAAAAUGAUAAACGUGUAAUCUUAACCCUUAAAGUGCUGAACUUUCUUAAAAUGAGUGCAUACCCAAUUCUGAUGCUUAGAGGCUAAACUACCACACGCGUUUUGAGGGCUAAUUAAAACAUUUCUAAAGCAAUCUGUUCAUUAUGAAAAGUGUAGUACAAAUCAUUGAAAAGAAUGAAAUCUAAUUAAAGUCGUUAACUUCAAUGUAGCUGUUUGUUUUUGGUCAACUUUGUAAAUUUGUAUUAUUAAGUUAUCACUGCAUCCAGAAUUACAUUUUAGUAUGUCAUCACUUAUUUUUUCCUUGACACAUUGGCUCAGCUACUGGCCUUUUAUGCCUGACAAAAUGAAAACCAUUUUAUGGAAUUUAAAAAAAAAUAAAAACAUUAUUAUUUCAGUUAGCCAAAUGUCUAUUUGUGUCAGCUCUGUUAAGAUGGUGGAGGUGGGGGGCAGAACUGGGUAGGUCAUGUGACCAUGGACCUCUUAGUUGCCAAAGUGUGGUCUGGUGAAACACUAUUGUUCAGAAACAUUCUUUAAUUGUGGAUCUAGAUUGUCAAGUAGUUUGUUUGGAUGAUUAUACUAAGUGCAGUUAGUCAAAUCACAAGAGUCCAUGGUUCAUGCUCUGGUGAGGGUUGUCCCUUAUUUUACAAUUUUUAGUGCACCAUUUUCUCUCCUUGAAAAAUGUGGUCCCUAGUGCUUUUAUUUUUAAAAUAUGUAUGCAUUAUUUUACAGAGAAAUGGUUGGGUGCUUUAAAAGGUGGACAGCUGUGCAGGGAUUUUUUUUCAAUUUCAAUUAUAAAUCUAAGUAAAUGUAAUACCAGUCCCUAAUAGAAAUGUGUAUUAUUUGUUAGAUUAGCCAUCCAAACUUUGCUAAGCCAUAAUUCACACAUUUUCUUGUCUGUUUCCAAGCCUUGGGUUGUUUUGUGUGUUGAUAACUUGUGAUAUGGUAGGUGAUUUGAGAGUUGGUCAGUGUGGUUCUUGAUGAGGAAAUAGAACUAAACUUAGGUGCAUUCCAUACUUCAUUUGGUUUGAUUCCCUCUAAGCCUUUCAAGAUCUAUAUUCUCUAUGUAAACUUAGCCUUUGUGAUAUCCACCCAGCUGUGUUGUAUGAAUCAUACACUUCCUUUACAUUUAAGUUCAACUUUACACUUAGAUUGAGUUUUGCAAUAAACAGUCAAUAUUUUUUUGUAAACAGGGUUACUUCCCAUUUGUAUCUUGCACAUCAUAAGACCAUCAUUUUUCUAUUGUUACUCCAUAUUGUUUGAGCUGAAAACAAACUUCUGCUGGUUGAAAA